AGCACUCCUCUUACUCACUUCUUCGGUUCACUUGAAAGCGGGUCGGUUGUGCUUAGCUUUUUUUAGGCCGGUGGUGCUGGGGGUGGAACUGUUGUGAAGCCUUCAGUUUAAAUCACACGCUUGAUUAAAGACGGGUGCAAUGGUCCUGAGUCUCCAGGGAUGCCUGCUAGAAAUAAUAGAUAGUAGACAAGAAAGAGAAACAGUUCCAUAACCUACUGGAACUUACUUAGUGCAGGUUAUCUUACUGUAGCUCAAAACCAGUUCUGGUGCGCGAUCGCGGCCAGGGAAUCUUGGGGGCCGGACUGGGAGACUAGCUUCUGGUCUUAGGUCUUGCUCGACAAAGGACCCUCCAACUUUUAAACUUGAUAGUAGGGACUGUCGAGAUGGUUGGUUUUUUCAUGAAUGAAGAUGAUUGAUGUACGUCUGUUGUAAGUUUCAUGUUCUUCAUGGCUUCAUACAGAUAUUCAGUCUACCCGAAUUCGUUUAAGAACUGCGUGCCGUUUUGAUAGUCUUACUAUUAUCUCGUAUGGUGCAGUUGCUGUGAUGCCCACUCCGCAUUCAACUGUAUCCGUCACCUAACGAUGUGUUAUACUAGUUAUAAAGGUAAUCUGGUUUUUUCAAGAAUAAGUUUGCUAUUGUCAUCAUAUUUUUAAUCUACCUCUAGUACGUCUACAACUACGCUAAAGUUAAGCAUAUUAAAGAGCAUCAAUUACCGCUUGUGUAUCAACGAGGAGCACAAGUCAUCACCAAGAUGAAGCGCAGUUCUGAAAAUCCUCAGGUGGAGAGCACCGCGACCAAAAGGAGUCGCGCAAACCGAAGGCCCGAGGCGAAGCACAUCAUCGAAAUGAGAAGCAGUUGCGAGAAUCCCAAAAGCACUAUCUGUGGUAUUGAUCCAGAACCGCGACUGAGUCUUCGCGGUUUUGAUGGAACAUUAUCCAAUAGUGCGUCAACGGCAUCAACAGCCUCAGCUUCCAUUUCAAGGAGCGCGCGAGCGGUUUGCGGGAUGCCUCCUUCAGAAACCAGUAGGUCAUCAAACCGCAGCACCACGAGGCUGAAGGAGAACGUUGGCGCUUUUCGAACGCCCCUUCUUUGCUUGUCCUCUGGAAGUAGUGGCUCUUCUUCUUCUUCGUCUUCUAUUAAGGCUCAGCUUUCAAUGGUCACCAUUGAGAUUGGAGUCACUGAGAUCGAAGAAGCGGCCUCCCCUUGAGAGUAGAACAGGGGAAAGGGAAGGGAAAGGGGAGAGCUUUGAAGGAGAGAGCAUCAGUGAAAGGGGAGAGCUUUGAAAGGGAAGGGAAAGGGGAGAGCAUCAGUGAGCACUGAAUGCUGAACUUUAAUAGUACCCCCGUCGUUAGCGCAGGAAGGAUGCCGGUCCACGGGAGCAACGGCAACAGAGGAAGUAGUACUUCUUCCGGAAGGACGUCCUCCGGCUUCAAAAAAAAUAGAAGCGAAUUUGACAACGAGUGCUGCUCUGGUUCUUCCAGUUCCUCUCCCAGCAGUUCCACCUUCAAGAACAAGAGCGUUUUUUACAACGAUAUUAGCAACACGGAUAGUACAGCUGGCUUCUCUACUAUGGUAGGCAGCUCUAAGUCUAUUAACCUGAACGAAUGGAGUUUCGUCUCGACGCGAUCGACGCGAGCUGUGCCCUGCGCAAAGGAGCUCAAGCCUCCUGGGAAGAACAACCCAAUACCCAAGAAGAUCGAUCGCAAAGCUGAAAAGAAAAUCGCGGCCGCCAAAAAGCGGGCAGCGUGGCACGCAAAAGAGCGCAUCCGGCUAGCCUCCAACCCUUUAAUGCGAUACCAGAGAAGGACGCUGCACGAGUUACGAGCCAACCUAUUUUAAGCUUGUUCUAAAGUCCCUGCUGUACUUGCUCUACCUUGUUGGGGUAAUAUCUUUUAUUAUAAGUACGAAAAGAAGAAGAACAAGAUUUGGAUUCUAUCACUCUACCAGGCUUGGACGAUAUUUCAUACGCAGCUAGCUAUUUGCCUGCUCAUAUCUAUCUAUGCAUCUCUAAAAGAUCUGAAGUCAGUACGCGACAUUGGUAAAGCCGUGAAGGGCAAGUUGCUGAGCUUGCAGCAGUGCGAGGCGCCGCAUCAAACGAACAAGGGCAUGAAGAAGAAAGGCCGAAUCAAGCGCGUUUUUGGCGCUUUCUGUGCGGGGAAGAGGUUCGGCGAGAAGGGCCAGCCGACGGCGACAUUCCUCUUCUACAAGAUUUAAGGACUCAGCACUUCAUCUUUGCGUCAAUUUUCAUCUUCUGCGUCUGCGAACGAACUAGAUAUAAGUCCACGCCUAGUAGGUAGCGGGACUUUUUACAACUUAGUACAUGCAACCUUCAAGGAAGGAGAGUGUGACUUAUCGAAGAUGUUGAGCAGAAGAACGCACUAUCUAGGCCACCUCUAAUAUGUGCAUUGUGCGGCGCUGCUGCAGUGCGGUCUGCCCAAGGCGACUCGACAGCCAACCGAGGAGCAGGUAGAGGCCGCAGCGCGUUUCUACGCGCCGCCAGCAUUACGGGCGGGCGGCCCGGGAUGGGCCACCGGAAAGAUCUGCCCCGAAAUUCUUCAGCGUAUUGCUGUGGAUUUGUGGUUGCUUUUGCCCCAUCGUGGUGGGUGCCUUUUGGCUUUCGAACGCCUUCUGAUGGCCCGAGAGUUCUACAGUUGCUUGAUCUGUCUGAUGUCAAGUACUAAGCCGAUUCAGCUGCGCUUCCGCUGGGGAUUAUGCCGCGAGGAAGGGGGCCAAAAGCUGCUCGAAGAGGACGCGCUUGAACGUGUUCGAGGCAUUUGCAAGGAGCUGCGACUAUCGAAUCCUGCGGAGCGAGCCGAGAACGAAGCACGCGGAAUGUCGUCUGGCCCUUCGUUCAUUUAUGGCUCGCUUCCUUGGUACUUGUACGCUGUGGCCCAGAUCCCGAUGGUGCUACACAACUCUAGACCCAAAAAACUCCGCACUUUCAUUAAGGCUCCCCCUAAUUCAUCUGAACCUGAAGACGCAUCAUUGUAAGUAUUUAGCCGUUUUCAAGGAGAAAGCACUUCAAAAUCAAAGAUGCCUUUCAAGAUGAACAAUAGAGAUCAAAUAUAAAGUCUAAUUUCAACAUGCGGACGCGUUGCAUCUUUCUUUGUGCCCGAGCAAUGUGCUGGAUCCGUGUCGCGGAGUGCCGACGGAAGAGGGCGGCGCGAAGCAGACGCAUCGCCAUGAAAGAGAAGCUGCGACGCAUUUCCUAAAGUUGUAAUUGGACUCCGAACAACACAAAGAAAUAGGAAUAUUUAGACAAAUUUCGCUAAUCCUAAUAAGGUAUACCGUGUUUUUUAUAAAAACGGACGAAGGAGAAGGACAACCGGACCAACUACGUCAAGUGACAUUUAUGUUGUGAAAAGUCUCAAUGUCCUUUCUUUCUUCUUUUAGUUUUAGCGCAUUCCUCUGAUUCAAUGGCGCAAUUUUUAUAUCGACAGGAGAGGGAGACACCGUUAUUGACGACGAAAAGCAGUAGACAAUAUGAUUCAUCUUCUGCUUGUAAGAAAAAGAGUCACGACUUGUGAUGACUUCUUGACCCAAGAAAGGUGGACGACAGAAGUAGAUUCGACGAUUAUGAUUUUUUUUUUCGACGAGAUUAGUAACAUCAUAAUUUGAAGACGAGAAGUACUCAUACCCAU